UCCGCCCCAGAUCCGAGGCCAUUAAACCGAGGGCCGGUGGAUCUCUCCUCGGGGAUCGCCAUCGCCAUCGGCAUCGGGGCGGACACACAGCCAGCCAGCCAUGAGAUGGUAUGCAUCGGUAGCCUGAGGGCUCUGGUGCUGCGUGCGGCUGCGGGCGCGGGCGCGGGAAGGCGCCGGGGAGCCAGGGUCCUGUGCGGCCGGGCGGUGGAUGCGUGCGUGACGCCCCGCGCGCGCGGCUUCCGGGCUGUGGCUGGCGCCAGGGCCAACAUGAUGCUCGACCCAUCCUCCGACGCUGACUCCGCCGCACCGGCGGGGCAGUUGCAGCUGCAGCGCCGCACGGCGGCUGCCGUCGCCCAACCACAGGACGGCGGGUACGCCAGUGGCGGCUCGCAGAGAGAAGAUGGUAAACUGAAAUGCGGGUAUUCGAGUUUUAGAGGGAAACGAUCCACAAUGGAAGAUUUCUACGAUGUAAAGCUUACUGAAAUCGAUGGGCAGGCUGUUAGCCUGUUUGGUGUAUUCGAUGGUCACGGAGGGUCACGUGCUGCUGAGUAUUUGAAGGAACACUUGUUCGAGAAUCUUAUGAAACACCCCAAGUUCUUGUCUGAUACAAAGCUUGCUAUAAGCGAAACAUAUCAGAAAACAGAUGCAGAUUUCUUAGAAUCAGAAUCCAACGCCUUCAGGGACGAUGGUUCCACUGCUUCUACUGCGGUUUUAGUGGGUGGCCAUCUGUAUGUAGCAAAUGUUGGUGAUUCACGUGCUGUCAUUUCAAAAGCCGGCAAAGCUAUGGCACUCUCAGUAGAUCACAAACCUAACAGGUCAGAUGAACGGAAGAGAAUUGAAAAUGCUGGAGGUGUUGUCAUUUGGGCCGGUACUUGGAGGGUAGGUGGCGUACUGGCAAUGUCCCGUGCAUUCGGUAAUCGUCUACUGAAGCCAUUCGUGGUGGCAGAACCUGAAAUUCAGGAACAAGUGUUCGAUGGAGAAUUGGAAAGUCUAGUUCUUGCCAGUGAUGGCCUUUGGGAUGCUGUAGAAAAUGAGGAAGCCGUCUCCCUUGCUAAAACAGAAGACGUACCAGAGUCUGCGGCCAGGAAACUCACCGAGAUUGCGUACUCUCGAGGCAGCGCCGACAAUAUAACAUGCAUCGUGGUGCAAUUCCAGCAUGACAAAACUGGAUGAAACAGAUGACAGCUGAUUGAAGGAUUCUCUGCUUCAGGCCUCUAUUAUUAUCCUGCAAGCCGAGUGGGAUUUCUCCCAGAUUUAUUGCUUCUGUAGCAACUGCUAAGGAAAUUUUCUUUUGAUUCUUUUCCUUGUGUGGGAGAUCUCCCUUUCUUUUGUUUUUGAGUUAUGUAACGAAAUUUGAAUUUGAAUGCGUACUGAUAAUUUACACAUC